CAAUCAGAAAAAAUCGCAUGACAUGUUGGCAUCACUGACGCCGGCUGUCAAUUUUACGUCAAAACAAUAAAUAAACUUAGCCCAUUUGAGGUUAUAUAUACAACAAGCCACACACAUUUCACUAAAAUGUCCGAUGACGACGAAGUACAGUACAUUAAAAAACAAAAAACCAUCCACUAUGGCUCGCUGGAGGAUGCCGAACGGGCCCGCCUGGAAACAGACGCGGAUGGCGACGCCAAUGAUGAAAAUCCGCCGACUUCCAUGCCCCAAGUUCACGAAUCGAGCGAAUACAUGGAACUUGAAGAUGCCAUGUCAAGGGAUAAACAGGCCCUCUUGGAGGAAUUUGAGAGAAGACGAAAGGCCAGAUCCAUAAAUGUCUCCACAGAUGAUGCAGAAGUAAAGAGGAAUUUAAGGCACCUGGGGGAACCAAUUUGUUUGUUUGGAGAAGGUCCUGCUGACAGGAGGAGCAGAUUACGAGAUAUUUUGAGCAGGAUAGGAGAAGAUGCUGUUAUAAGAAGAGAGGCUGAAGAAGAAAGAAAGCAGUAUGAAAAAGAUCAAGAAACCACAUGGUACCAUGAAGGACCAGAUUCAUUACGGACUGCCAGGUUGUGGAUUGCUCAUUAUUCAUUGCCAAGAGCCAAGGAGCGCUUGGAAGAAGCUAGAAGACAGAUAGAUUUGCCCUCAGCAACAAAGACUGCAAAAAUGCAAGAAAUGCAAAAGAAAUUGCAAGUUAUGUCAAUUUAUUGCAGUCAAAUAGGAGAUACUAGACCCAUAUCAUAUUGUCAAUUUAGUCCUAAUUCUAAAUUGUUGGCAACGGCGUCUUGGACGGGUUUGUGUAAAGUAUGGUCUGUACCAGAUUGUCAGUUGAAGCAAACUUUGAAAGGACACACAUGCAACGUUGGAGCCAUCAUAUUCCAUCCAAAAGCUACCAUAAGUCAAGAAGAGAACGUUUGUAAUAUGGCAUCAUGUGCUGCUGAUGGGUCUGUAAAAUUAUGGGAUUUUAAAAGUGAGGAGCCGAUCGCCGACAUUGAGGGUCACAUGCCGCAUCGGGUUUCAAGACUAGGAUUUCAUCCUUCUGGAAGAUUUUUAGGAACAUGCUGUUUCGACAAUUCCUGGCGUCUUUGGGAUCUUGAACAGUGUACUGAAGUGUUGCAUCAAGAGGGACAUGUUAAACCAGUCUACUGCAUUUCUUUCCAAGUUGAUGGAUCAGUAUGUGCCACAGGUGGUUUGGAUUCGUUUGGAAGAGUUUGGGAUUUGAGGACAGGAAGAUGUAUAAUGUUCAUGGAGGGCCACCUAAAAGCGAUAUUCGGUAUUGAUUUUUCGCCGAACGGUUACCACAUAGCCACUGCCAGUGAAGACAAUUGUUGCAAAAUUUGGGAUCUGAGAAAAAGAUCCGUACUGUAUACCAUUCCUGCACACACUAACUUAAUAUCAGAAGUCAAAUUUCAAAAGGAUGGUGGCAACUAUUUAGUGACUUCUUCCUAUGAUAACACUGUCAAGUUAUGGACAACCAGAACAUGGCAACCAUUGAAAACUUUAUCAGGACAUGAUGGAAAAAUUAUGUCUGUAGAUAUUUCCCCAGACAAUCAAUACAUAGCUACAAGUUCUUAUGACAGGACAUUCAAAUUUUGGACGCCAGAAUAAAUUAAAUUCUAAUAAAUAUAUUUUUUAUUUGUACAAUAAAACUGUUUAAAAACUAA